AUGGAUCCUUAUGAGUCUCUUUACGGGAGGCGUUGUCAUUCUCCAAUUGGUUGGUUUAAACCAACGGAAGUAGAGUUGUUGGGUCCUGAUUCAGUUCAUGAGGCGAUCGAGAAGGUAAAUCUUAUUAUGCAGCGACUGAAGACCGCUCAGAGUAGACAAAAAUCUUAUUCGGACAUGAGGCAUAGGGAAUUGGAAUUUGCUGUUGGCGACAAGGUUUUCUUGAAAGUGUCACCUAUGAAAGGGGUAAUGCAUUUUGGCAGAAAGGGCAAGCUUAGUCCUCGCUAUAUUGGUCCUUACGAGAUUAUAAAAAGGGUUGGGAAGGUAGCUUAUGAGUUGAGAUUAACAGCUGAGAUGUCCAUGGUUCAUCCGAUGUUUCACAUUUCGAUGUUGAAAGUGUACAAACCUGAUCCUUCCCAUGUGUUGCACCAUGAAGAUAUUGAAAUUGAUGAAGAUCUGUCUUAUGAAGAAGAACCAGUGCAGAUCUUAGAUCGUCAAAUUAGAAGGUUGAGAACAAAGGAUGUAGCAUCGGUUAAAGUGUUGUGGCGAAACCAUAAUACUGAGGAAGCUACUUGA